AUGUUUCAACAUGAAGGUUUCAUUCUUGACUUGUUUAUGCAUAAGCGAAAAGGCAAAAGUUUGAAAGAUUUAAGAGUUUCUGGUUUAAUGAUUACAAAAUUUGAAGCUGUUGUAUUUGAAUGGCUUGAAAUUGCUUUUUUCAAAAGAAAAUGUGCUUAUUUGAUAAAAUGUUGCACAUGUCUCUUGAGAUGUACGAUUUGGAAUUCCCAGCAAAAUUCCGAAUGA